AGAAACGAAAACGGAAGACAUCAAAUUCCUAAGUAAGAGUGAGUUUAAAGGAUGUUAAGGAUACUAAGCGGUAGAUAACACUUACAAGGGUCUUUAAAGUGAAACUGUAAAAACAUAUUGACACUUAUUUAAAAAAAUCAUUCAAGUGACUUCGACAGGUGUGUGGAAAUUGACAGCGAAUAUAAAAUUUUACAAAACAAGAAGAAAGAAAAAUAUUGUUAUUGUCAAAAGAAAAAAAUAAGACUUUUCAGCAAGUCAUAAGAUAACAUAAUCGAAUAACGAACACUUUUGAAUUAAUAAAACUAAAUUAAGAAAAUAUAAAAUAGUCAACAUGUUUAAGGUGAAGCUUUAUCAAGUGCUGCUGUUAUUCACACUGCUUUGUUGCGUAGUUAGCACAUCAAAAAAAGUGAGUCCUAACAGUGACACAUACCAAAUCAUGCAGCGUUCGUCAAUACUUUUCGGCCUAACAGUGAUUAGUCGUCCGGAUAUGGUGAGCCACAACUGUUAUACACAACUGCAGGAAGUACAAAAGGCUAUGCUAAUGCAACAGCACUGGGCCAUGAAGAUGUAUGACUCAUCUGGAUUUAAAGAGCCUGGAUUCAUACUGGGCAACGGCAUGUGGUUGGGCAGUCGUGACACUUGUAAUGCAGUUAAAACACCCGUCAAUCUCCAAUUAUCCACACAUAUACAACACAAAAUGAAUCCGAAAUUAUUGACAGAUACGGCGCCUUUUCCUACGGACUACCGUGUCGUCAAUUUGUGGCACAAUUCCACAUGGCAAAUGGAUCCAUUAUAUAUCUUCUACGAACCGCGCAUAAGUAUCGGUCUGUGCUUGCCAAGUGCUUGUUCAGUAGCCGAGACCGCUGAACUGAUGGCUGCCUAUGUGGAGGAUGAUCUAUUUGUGUCGAAUGAUGUUUAUGAUAUGCGCAUGCGUGUUGAAGGCGUAAAGGAUUUGAAAUUACGCGCUGGCUUCUAUUCAAGACCUUCGUUGCUGAUUUUUAUCGGCUGCUGGUUACUGACACUGCUGCUGACAUUUCUAGCCUUCUGGCAACGUACGAAUAUAGCGAAUAGCGAAACGGUUGCGGUGGUUGCAAAUGGCACGAAGACAACGAACGAGCAUUUAAAUUCGACGAGAAAAACAAGUAUUCAAUCGUUUUAUAAUAAAUAUAUUGUCUGUUUUGAUGUGCAGAACAACUGGGAAUUGCUUUUCCCUAAGGAUCCAUCUGCUGCGUCUGUUGGUACAGAGGCUUUUCCGGCGGUUAAUGGUUUACGUUUUUAUGGCGCUAUGGUCGUAGUAUUAUUUCAUCUACUGUGUUGCAGUUACCUGGCGUCAAGUAAUAAAUCCGUGCAUUAUAAAUUAACCAGUGAUGUGGGAAAUUUCGAUAUUUUCGUGGAUCUGUUUUUUACAAUGAGUGGCUUCCUGCAAACAUACCACUUUUUCCGAAACAUCAAAACUAUAAAAACCAUGCGAAAAGGUGGAUUCAUGAAGAAUGCGAAAACGUUAUUUACGCACAUAUUGCAUCGUUUGAUUCGAUUGGGUCCUUUGUACUUCAUAAGUAUUUGUUUGGCCGAUGCUGGCUGGCUUCUCAUGGAUGAUAUAUCGGUUUUCCACUUUAGCCACAAAUUAUACGCGAACUGUGAGCAGUAUUGGUGGCGCAGUGCGCUCUUCAUACAAAAUUUCUUCAAACACGACGAUUUGUGCUUGUUUUGGACGUGGUCAUCCGCGUGUGAUAUGCAAUUUUACAUCUUCAGUACAAUACUGCUUUUCAUCUAUGUAAAACACCCAAAAGCGGGCAAAGCGCUUACCCUCGCCACUGUAGUAGCAAACUUGAUCUACACCUCCUAUAUCGGCAUCACUAUGAAUUACAAGUAUUCCUUUGAGACCACAGUGGCACUAUUCACGGAGCUUUAUAUGAACUCGUGGUCGCGCGUGUUGGCCUACGUAAUUGGCGGCGUGGCUGGCUGGUUUUUCGUACAAAACCAACAAAAGCAACUGUAUACGAAUUUCUUUCAAAAUCAAUCUCUGCAAGAGUAUCUCGGCUGUUUGGCGAUCAUUUGCUUCUUUACUAUUAAUUUUGCCAAAAUCUCGGAAGGUUACUCAGUUGUUUUCUAUGUGGCAAUGUUGAUCAUUCAACGUGUGUUAUUUUCGUCGAGUGUUUGUCUUCUGAUAUUCGCAAAUGCGGCGGGCAGUGUGAAGUGGUUCUUUGGCUUAUUGGAGAAUCCACUCUUCAAGAAAUUCAAUCAAAUCACAUAUGCCAUGUUCCUACUACAUCCAGUACCAAUGGGGCUGUUGGCAAGCCUGAAUAAUAUUGGUCGCUAUAGCAGUCCAUAUAAUUUAGCAAUCGAUUAUAUUAGCAUUUGCACCAUACUGUUCUUCUUCUCCACCAUUUUUUCAUUAUUUUUCGAAGUACCCUAUAAGAAUAUUUCGAAAAUGUUGGUUCAGCCCACCAAACCCAAGACGAACUAAACGCAGUUUAGUACUGUAGAGUUUGGUGGAAUAAAAUGUAAGCAUGCAGCGGCUUUUAUUUUACCAGUGGAAGCCUUUUUUUCAAGCGAAACCUAUGUAAUGAUGUACUUUAUAUCUGUAUAACAAUUUAUUUAUGAUAAUUUAUAACAAAUGUGUAAUUUUACACUUGUUUUACCGCCUUACAAUAAACAGUAUACAUUCGGUAUACCACAAUUAUGUAUA